AGUUGCAAUGUUGAAUUGAAUGGCGGUUAUCAUGGCCACUGUAGCGAAGAGUAUCCCCCGGCUCACCGGAGAUCACUCCUCAAGCGGACAUCCCACGUGAGCCCAUGCAACACCAGAAUGAGUUCCUCUUCAGCUGCAGCAGAAGCAGCCAAAGCAACAGCAGCCAAAGCAACCUACAAAAUCGUCACGAAGCAUGACACAUCAAAAUGACCCAAUCCCCCUACCCCAACUGGACCUACGGGCAAGGGGUCCCCAACCACACCAGCAAAGCCCAUCACGAAAUCGACCCCUACGCUCCCGACCACCCCAUGGUCAACAACUACCGUCUGCUCGUCUCCGGCAUCGCGCCCCCCGCCCCAUCGGCUUCAUCAGCACCGUCUCGGGCGACGGAAAAAACCUCGAACCUCGCCCCGUUCAGCUACUUCCAAGUCGUCGAGCACGACCCGCCCACUUUCAUCGUGGGGUUCUCGUCCCGCCCGGGUCCAGUCAAGGAUACCUAUCGGAAUUUGAAAGAGACGGGGGGAUGUUGGAGUGGAAGAUUUCAGGCCUGUCGAAAGCGGCGAGUUCGACGGUUAGGCCUACGAGGGUGCAGGAGUCGGGUUUUCUCGGUGGAAGGCAAGGUGGUGGUUAUUAAGGAGUUCGAGGCGCAUGAACCCGGGAUGAGUGCGCCGGCGGUGGUGUUGAUUCGGGCCACGAGGUUCUGGAUGCAGGAGGGGGCGGUGGAUGCGGAGUUUAGUCAUAUUGAGUUGGAGAAGUUGAGGCCGGUGGCGCAGUUGGGAGGGGUGGCGUAUGGACGGAUUACGGAGACGUUUGAGCGGCCGCGGAAGAGGUGGGAGGAUGAGAUAGAGAGGAGUGAGUUGAGGGAGUUGAAAGAGCAGCAGGAUUAA